CCUGAUGGGGCGGGGCCAGUCGGGGAUCCCGCAGAUGGUGCCCGCGCCGCGCUCAGUCGCGCUCGCUGCCACCGGUCUGCGCCGCUGACCCGUCGCCCCGGGACCCCGCCGCCUCGCCUGCGGUCCCCGGCCCGGUCCCAGCCCCUGUACCGGUCCCAGCGCAGUCCACGCCGCCCCUACCGCAGCCAUGUCCAAGCAGCUGCGGGCCAGCCGCGAGGAGAUCCUGGAGUGCCAGGUGAUGUGGGAGCCUGACAGCAAGAAGGACACGCAGAUGGACCGCUUCCGGGCGGCCGUGGGCGCCGCCUGCGGCCUGGCGCUGGAAAAUUAUGAUGACGUAUACCACUGGUCGGUUGAAUCAUAUCCAGACUUCUGGGCGGAGUUCUGGAAAUUCAGCGGAAUUGUCUUCUCACGCAUGUAUGAUGAGGUUGUGGACACAUCGAAGGGGAUCGCAGACGUCCCCGAGUGGUUCAAAGGCAGUCGUCUAAACUACGCGGAAAACCUCCUGCGGCACAAAGAGAAUGACCGAGUCGCCCUGUACGCUGCAAGGGAAGGCAAAGAGGAAAUUGUGAAGGUGACGUUUGAAGAGUUGCGUCAACAAGUAGCUUUGUUUGCAGCAGCAAUGAGGAAAAUGGGAGUGAAACAAGGAGACCGGGUGGUUGGUAAGUGGGAAGGCAAAGAGGAAAUUGUGAAGGUGACGUUUGAAGAGUUGCGUCAACAAGUAGCUUUGUUUGCAGCAGCAAUGAGGAAAAUGGGAGUGAAACAAGGAGACCGGGUGGUCGUGACGGCGACCACCCUUUCUUUCCACUUGCAGGGUGUUCUGGACCGCUUUUCUCAAAUCCAGCCGAAGCUCAUCUUCUCCGUGGAGGCCGUCGUGUACAACGGCAAAGAGUACAGCCACAUGGACAAGCUGCAGCGGGUGGUGAAAGGACUUCCAGACUUGAAAAAGGUGGUGCUGAUUCCUUACAUUGCCUCAAAAGAGAAGAUAGACAUUUCCAAGAUUCCAAAUAGUGUGUUUCUGGAUGAUUUUCUUGCAACCAGGAAAGGCGAGCAGGCCCCACAGCUGGAGUUCGAGCAGCUGCCCUUCAGCCACCCACUCUUCAUUAUGUUUUCGUCGGGCACGACCGGGGCACCCAAGUGCAUGGUGCACUCUGCUGGGGGCACCCUCAUCCAGCACCUGAAGGAGCACGUUCUUCACGGCAACAUGGGCAGCGGCGACAUCAUGCUGUAUUAUACCACGGUCGGCUGGAUGAUGUGGAACUGGAUGGUGUCUGCUCUUGCCACGGGGGCAGCCGUGGUCUUGUAUGACGGCUCCCCCCUGGUGCCCACGCCCAACGUGCUCUGGGACCUGGUUGACAGGAUAGGCAUCACCAUCCUUGGAACGGGUGCCAAGUGGCUGGCUGUCCUUGAAGAGAAAAACAUGAAGCCAGCGGAAACCCACAGCCUCCAGACGCUUCAUACGAUCCUGUCCACCGGCUCCCCUCUGAAAGCCCAGAGCUAUGACUACGUCUACAGCUGCGUCAAGAGCGGUGUCCUCCUGGGCUCCAUCUCUGGUGGCACCGACAUCAUCUCCUGCUUCAUGGGCCAGAAUUUUUCUAUUCCUGUGUAUAAAGGGGAGAUCCAGGCCCGGAACCUGGGCAUGGCUGUGGAAGCCUGGAACGAGGAAGGAAAGGCCGUCUGGGGGGAGAGCGGUGAGCUGGUGUGCACCAAGCCGAUUCCCUGCCAGCCCACGCACUUCUGGAACGACGAGAACGGGAGCAAGUACCGGAAGGCCUAUUUCUCCAGAUUCCCAGGUGUCUGGGCGCACGGCGACUACUGCAAAAUCAACCCCAAGACGGGGGGCAUCAUCAUGCUGGGCCGGAGCGAUGGCACGCUCAACCCCAGUGGAGUGCGAUUCGGCAGUUCGGAAAUCUAUAACAUUGUGGAGGCCUUCGAGGAGGUGAUGGACAGCCUGUGCGUCCCCCAGUACAACAAGGACGGGGAGGAGAGGGUGCUGCUUUUCCUGAAGAUGGCUUCCGGCCACAGCUUCGGGCCCGAGCUGGUCAAGAGCAUCCGCAACGCCAUCCGCGUCGGCCUGUCUGCGCGGCACGUGCCCAGCCUCAUCCUGGAGACCAAGGGCAUCCCGUACACCCUCAACGGCAAGAAAGUGGAAGUGGCUGUGAAGCAGAUCAUCGCGGGAAAAGCCGUGGAACACCGAGGGGCCUUCUCGAACCCCGAGACCCUGGAUUUGUACCGGGACAUCCCCGAGCUACAUGGCUUCUGAGUUGGACCGGCCCGCACGGCACCCUGCCACACGCGUCUGUGCUGUGACUUUCGUGGGUUCAUGACGUUACUUUGGGAAGGCAAGUGUCUGCGGGCUUGGGGAAGAGUGUGUGUCUGUCCCACAGUUGCGUCUGGUGGCUUCCCCGCGUCUUCCUGGGCCACGUCCUGACCUUCAGAGGCCGAAAGGGAGCAUUUGGUUGUGUGUGUGGCGAGGCUUGGAGCGUGUGUCCUUGCACAAGUGUUCUUGCACAUGCCGUGAGGAGCCGGGGGUCACCAGUGUGUGGACGGUUGGGGCCGACAGCCACGGUCACUGCCAUGCUUCCCAUGCUGGCCGGGGCCCCUUGAGGAGUGAUCUUGCCUUCGGCCUUGUGCCUGCAGUUCCUCUGCUCUUUUCAGGUGUAAAUCUGUGUUUGCCUUUUACGUGGGUCUCCUGGCUCUGGCCAUCGUCCCUCGGGGCCUGUCGGUCUGCUGUGGCACGUGGACUGGUCCCUGGUGGCCGACCGCUCCUGCAGGUCCUGGUGGAGCCGCGUGUCGCCCCCACCAGACCGCGCUGCCCGGCGAGCAGAAGCUCCCGCUGGACGACACGUGGCUUUCGUGCUUUCACAGGGUCUCCUUAUUUCAUGGACUUCGAAUGGUUUAAAAAUGUUGUGACAUUCGUUAUCUGGUGCGUGUGGGUGCUCGAAAACUGGAUGUCCGCCCCGCGGGGUGGCGUCGCUCUCGGGGCAUCGGCGGGCCGCCUGGGCAGCCGUCGCGGGUCUUCCUGCGUCGGAACUGCCCGGCCUCAGGGGACACGGCCUCGCUCUCCUCCCCCCGGGGCCUCUCGGCACCUCAUGGCGAAACCGUGUUCUCGCAGCUGUAAAUCAAGUCAUGGGUUGACAGCUGCGCAGUUCAUAUGUACUCUCAGUUCAGCACGUUAACGAAUUUCUGUAAUCCUAAUGUUCGUUUUUGUGUUUUUAAAAACCGAGCACAAUGAAAACCUUUUUCAAAUCCCUUUUCUUCCGGAUUAUGGAAACACAGGGGGAAAGUGCUAUGAGGAAUUUAUGCAAUAAACAUCUCUCUAUGUA